UUGAUUGAUAUUGCUGAUUCGAAUAGUUUAUGUAUAUUGUGCAAUUUGCAAUUUUCAUUUGAAUGCAGAAUUUUUUUUAAAGAGAUAAUCUUUCAUAUAUGAAGAAUCUAUUUAAAGCUGUAAUAACUACUGUCCAAAUAACUUCACUUAUUCAUAUUUUAGUAAAAUAUGUAGGGAAUAUUGUUCAAUGUAGUGGGUCUUCAAUGCAGCCUACUAUAAACACUGGAGAUAUUGUACUAGUCGAACAUAUAUCUAUAUUGUUAAAUAAUAUAGAAAAAAAUGAUAUAGUUAUAUCAAAAUCACCUCAAAAUCCUAACAAUUAUGUGUGUAAGAGGGUUAUAGGCCUUGAAGGCGAUUUACUUUACAAUAAUAAUCAUAUUUCAAAAGGUUAUGUUUGGCUUGAAGGAGAUAACAAAACUAACUCAUUGGAUUCACGAGUUUAUGGCCAAUUGCCUUAUGGCUUGCUCUGUAGCAGAGUUAUUAUGAAAAUACCAGUAAAUACAAGAUACUCUUGAAAAUUUUUAUCAGCGAUGCAAGAUAUAAAUAGAAAAAAAUUACGAUACUUUCAUAUACAUACAAUUAAGAUUUUUAUUGAAAAAAUUUCCUAUUUCCUAUGAAGUGUCGUGCUCAGAUUGACUGAGGGGCUUUAAAAAACGAAAACGAAAUGGUGAAUUUUAGCUUCCUGAAGGCUAAGGAAAAAAAGAUAAGAUUGAAAGAUUAAAUAAAUGUGUUAGUUUAGGUUAAAAAGGUUUAGUGAGAUAUGGGGUAGGGUUAAAAUAUAAUUAAAAUAUUAUUUUCAAUGCUAUCCAAAAUAAGGUCCUUGAGUUCAAAUCCUUGUCAGGGAAUUCCCUUUUCUUUUUAAUUCAUAAUUUAUGAGAAUAUAGGGCUGGCAACAAUACCAAUAUAAAAUUAGAUAUUGAUAUUUCCCGCCUACUUUGGCGAAUCUUGAGGCAGUAAUAUAAUUUCGAGUUAAAGUCUUUAUUUAUUUACCAAGUGAUAUAUAUUUUUUUGUUAUAAUUUUCCGCAAAAAUAUCUUUUUUAGGAUAGUCUAACAGAUAUAGCUAAUACCUUUCAUGUUUAUUUAUUAAUUAUAAGGAGGAGCUUGGAACAGAACGUUCUCAUUACUUUCCGAGAACAUAACUUGGGGAAUAUUAUGAGCAUACAACGAUAUUAAAAAUUUAAUUUAUUACAUAAUUUUA